AUGAAGAACAUCCAUGGCUUGUUCCCAUCGAGAGAGGAAGAAUCAUCAACUGAUGAAGCCAUAGAAGCUAGGUAUUUCGAGUUCAUGAGAGGAGGUGGUUGCAAAGAUGUUGUUAACGCUCUGGAACAAUGUGAAGGACCUCGUAGCACUAAGUGUAAGGAGAUCGCGGGGAUGUUGUUCAAUUGUAUGUAUUCUUAUCCUGAUUACUAUCAACCGGUUAUCACUCUGUGGGAAACAUCUUACAAACAGUUAGCCAGGGAUCUCGACGUAUUUCAUGCUAUUUACUUCUCCCCUGAAUGA